AUGAGCACCUCGUCAGAAACAUCCGGCUCAGCGCCAAAAGAAGACGAGGAUACUCAAUCCGCCAGUAGCCAUCAAUCGACUUCCAUGCAACUCCAGCUAGCACAGGACAACAAGAAAAGCAAGCGCUAUGUUGCACCUCAGCCAGACGCCCAUACCUUCGCAUCUCAGCAGGAGUUCCUGGACAGCCUAGCACCCAUCACAGUCGAUCAAGUGGAGAAUGACAACCUCAAAUGCCCAAUUUGUUGGAAAGUCUACUGUGAGGCUCCCGACCCCGGCUACAACAAUUCCGAGCUACCAGUCAGACUGAAGUGCCAACAUGUCUUCGGCCAGAAGUGCUUGGCCACCACCUUCGGCAUGCCAGAGGACUCGAGGAGGGAACUACGCCCACUUUCUUUCUCCCCUGGUUCACGCGGCGCAGCACUCGGUCACCGACUGCACACAUACCUAACUGAGCAUGCCCAUGGCUUUGAGGACAAGCAUGACGGCCUGCACAACGUCGCCCAAGCGCUCUCCCAGAUGAUGCAAGAUGCACAUGUACCUGGCCAAGGCAUCCUACUUUUUGGUGAUUUCUGGUGGCCGAUACUUCAGCUCAUUGGAAGCCCUGCGACUCGUUCCCGUAGGCAAAUCACCUUCAUGGAGAAUGCCGUGAUCCUGGAUCAUGGCCUGACGUCAGAUCUUUGGACGACUACCUCUUCGGCUCCCGGAGUGCCCAAGCCUGCAGCUGUUUCGUGGCAGAGUGCAGACUGGAAUCAGCCUUUGGGCCAAGCCAUAUCUGCUUUCCCGACCUUCACCACUCAAGUGUCCAGCUCCAGCAACAAGGAUAUAGCUGCUGAUACGCUUCCAGGAUCGAGCGCUAUUAUGCCAUCACUCUCAAACCACAGCGCCAACAAACCGACUCAGCAGGCUGUAUUCCCACUUGCGAUGCAAUGGGGACCGCAUUCGACCGGCUUGCCGCCGCCUGAUAAUUUGCUUUACACCUCAGGCCCAAAUCCGGCAGGAGUGUAUGAUUUGCCCCCGGGCGUCAUGCCUUACUCCUACAACCACUCAUCGCUAAAGUGGAAAGAUGCUUUAGCUGCAGAGACAAACAUGGACAAGCUCACAGCUCUAAAAAAAGCGGCAAAGCAGGCUAGCACGGCAAAUAAAUCGUCUGUAAAGGCUGCGGAACCAACGAACAACGAGCUUGACGACAAACAGGAGCGAAUAAAGCAAGAAAGAGAACAGAAGCGUCUCGUCUCCAGGAUAAGCAGCACUAUGUCUUCAGCCUUGGCGGAAUUGUAUGCACGGUACAUCAAAGAAACGUCUGAACGCGGGCCUAGUCUACGGAUGCAUCGAAGACCUAACUUGGUAUCUGUAUCUGUCCGAGUGCACGAACGUGAUGCAAUGGCAUCUGAGUAUAAAAUUCCGUCGCCCCGGCCUCACCCCUCAUACUACAACAACGAAGACGAGGAUGAGGACGAGGAAGAGGAAGAAAAGGACGAAGAUGACGACCAGAAACUGGAUAACGACCUUUCGAUGCUAUUCUUCGUCAUUACACGCACGCCAUGUAUGAGUCCGUGUUGUGUGGUCGCAGGGAAGGAGCGAACAAAAAGACUGCCAGUCCCGAGGGCGGUGCGAUGGCGAAACGAUGAAAAGGUCCCUGAUGGCUGCCCAGUCUGUCACAAAGUUUUAUUCUUGAAAAGUGAGGCAGAUCAUCGCGGUUAUAUAUCUGCUCCUGGUAACUAUGAUGGCUGGCUGGCUUUUGCAGGAUCGGAUGAAGGACUCUUCGAUGUUGGUGUGUGA